AUGCACAGAAGUACAUGGGAUACACCAGAUAUUUCUGAUUUGCCAUCAACUAGACGAGUGAAGUCGAAUAUAGGAGAACUUCGAACAAUUCAAUCACGAUCACGAUCAAGAUGGUGCACACCAAAAAGACGUCGUAUUGCCUUGGGAAUGCUUGGCUGCUCGGUUUGUGGUGUAUUGAUUGCUACAGCUCUGAUUCUAGCGAUUACAAUGACUAAAAAAUCGGCAUCAGUUGAUCUCGCACCAGCUCCACAUCGACAUCAACAAGCAGCACAAGUUCCACCUCAACUUCAACCAGUAGCACUAGCUCGACUUCAACAACCAGUACCAGUUCUACCUCAACCUCGACGAGCAGUACCAGCACUACCUCUAGUUCAACAAGUAGCACAAGUUCUACAUCGACCUCAACCAGCAGCACAAGCACAACAUCCACAUCGACAAGUACUACCAGCUCAACGUCAACCUCCACCACCAGCACCAGCUCUACAUCCUCUUCAACAAGCAGCACAAGCUCAACUUCAACAACCAGUACCAGUACUACGUCAACAUCAACAAGUAGCACCAGCACAACAUCCACCUCAACUAGCAGCACAAGUUCUACUUCGACCACAACAAGCAGCACCAGCACAACAUCCACAUCGACAAGCAGCACCAGUACUAGUACAUCAUCCACUUCAACGAGUAGUACAAGUUCUACUUCAACCUCAACAAGCAGUACCAGCUCCACAUCCACUUCCACUAGCAGUACCAGCACAACAUCCACAUCAACAAGUAGCACUAGCACAACAUCUACGUCAACCAGUAGUACCAGCACCACAUCCACAUCGACGACCAGCACUAGCACAACAUCCACGUCAACCAGCAGCACUAGUUCUACUUCGACCUCAACGACUUCGACUCGUACAACAUCCACUUCGAGCUCAACAAGCAGUACUAGUACAACAUCCACUUCAACCAGCAGCACAAGUACAACCUCGACGUCAACAAGCAGUACCAGCACGAGUUCUACCUCAACCUCAACAACUUCGACUCGCACAACAUCCACUUCGAGCUCAACAAGCAGUACUAGUACGACAUCCACUUCAACCAGCAGCACAAGUACAACCUCGACGUCAACAAGCAGUACCAGCACGAGUUCUACCUCAACCUCAACAACUUCAACUCGCACAACAUCUACUUCGACGAGCAGCACUAGCACAACAUCAACUUCAACUUCAACAACUUCGACUCGAACAACAUCCACAUCAACAAGCAGCACCAGUUCUACUUCAACGUCAACAACCACGUCUCAAACAACAACGACAUCAGUCGCUCUUCCAUCACAGUGCUUCAGUUAUACAACAAUUUCAGAUUCUACUCGAUUGGCAACAUCAGGAUCUCCUAGCAUUGUUUGUGAUAGCACAGUGUUUACAGCGACACCAUACGUAUCGCUGUAACACUCAUGCACCAGGGUGGUAUACGGGUAGCCUUCCUGCAGCUGGUGGAACUGUCAGUGGCACUGUUUGCUACAACUGGAGUGGUAACACAUGUAACUGGUCAAAUUCAAUUAUGGUAACUAAUUGUAUUAGUUUUUACGUAUACCGAUUAAUAACUCCACCAGUUUGUAACUUGCGAUAUUGUACCAUGUGA